CUCUUUCUUUCCCUUUUCUCUUCGUUACAUUAUUCUUAUACUUAUGCUUUCGUCUGUGCCUAUUACUCCAAAUGUGCCUACACCUGUAGGAGGAGCUUCCCUCAUGAUAGCGUUUCAAUGUCAACGUAAAAAAAUGCUUGUAGUUGGAUCCAAUGCUAUAGCAGCCAGUCGAGUGUUGACAUUACUUGAGGCGGAUGCUGCUGUUGUCCUUAUAGGCGAUCAAGAAACCAUGGUGCCUGAAUUAGUAUAUCGUAUUCAACAAGGUCAAAUUCAUUAUGCUGGUAGUCAAUGGGACGAAGCUUUAUUGUCUGAAACGCAUAUGGUGUUUAUCUGUCAAGCGAAUGAAGAAAAAACCAACAAGAUGGCACAACAAUGUCGACAUUAUCGUAUACCCAUCAAUGUCACAGAUCGAAAUGACCUUUGCGAUUUCUUCAUGACAUCCACCUAUCGUGAUCAAUCUUUACAAAUCGCAGUGUCUACCAAUGGUCAAGCAUCCAAACUGGCCAACCGGAUCAGAAGACAUAUCAUAAGUGGACUUCCUGCCAAGUUGGGUCAAGCUGUACAACGAGUGGGUGUUCUACGCAAGAAAAUUCGACAAUCAGAUCCAAGUGAAGCGGCAAAGAUGCGACGCAUGGCAUGGCUUGCUCAGAUUUGUGAAUACUGGAGUAUGGAUCGAUUGGCACAACUGUCAGAAACGGAUAUGAGCAACUUGCUGGAAACGUAUCAACAACAACAGGAUGAAGGUUAUCAUAGUCCAGAGUCAACUACUGGAUUGGAUAGUCAUUAUACAAAACAUGAUCAAAAGGGUACAAUCACUUUGGUGGGUUCUGGACCUGGGGAUCCUUCUUUAUUGACCUUGGCUGCUCAUCAAGCUAUCAAACAUGCUGAUCUUGUUCUUUCCGAUAAAAUCGUCCCUGCUGGUGUGGUGGCUUUAGUCGAGUGUGAACUCAAAAUUGCUCGCAAGUUCCCUGGAAAUGCUGAUGCUGCUCAACAAGAAUUCAAUGAAUUGGCUUUGAUUGCUUUACAACAAGGCAAAAAUGUAGUACGUUUAAAACAAGGAGAUCCAUACUUAUUUGGACGUGGUGGAGAGGAAGUGAUAUUCUUUAGAAAACAUGGUUAUUCAGCCAAAGUGAUUCCAGGUAUCUCAUCAGCCAUUGCAGCUCCUUUAUUGGCAGGUAUUCCUUUGACCCAUCGGUCGGUAGCAUCUCAAUUCUUAGUGACAACAGGUACAGGACAAAAGAAUUCUAGUGUGGCCCUUCCCGUUUUUGAACCUACUCGCACAGAUGUUUUCCUUAUGGCGAUUCAUCGACUGGAUGCAUUGGUACACGAUUUGAUUAACAAACAACAGUAUCCUGCGGAUAUUCCUUGUGCCAUUGUGGAACGGGCAAGUUGUGAUGAUCAACGUGUGGUAUAUGGAACUCUAGGCACCAUUUCAAAGGUAUUGGAAAGUGUGGGUGGUAGUCGACCUCCAGGAUUAUUGAUGACCGGUCAUGCCAUCAAUGUACUCAAGCAACAACAUCUUCCAGUCGAAGGUGUGACCAAAGAUUUAUUAUUGGAUGAUCAUUUACACCAGGCUUUACAACAAUCCAAUCUGUUACAACUACAUGAUCCUGAAGGUGUUUAUUAGAAACUUAAUUAUCGCUCCCUCUUAUAUAUAUAUUCCCUAUUAUCUCGAUUUAUUGUACACUAUAGAAUAAUUUUAUUACUUCUUUUUUUAUUUUAAAUGAACUGUAUAUACAAGCAAAAUGAAAUAAAUAUCU